ACACAGUGAACGAUCCCGGGGUUCACUCUGUUCAAUGCUUCCAAGGGUCAUUUUCAGCUGUCAAGCAGAAAGUGUUAGGAUGAUCAGGCAUGUUAGCUACGGCCUGCUGUUUGCAUACUUUGCAUUGCCUGGAGGCGUACUCGGAGAAUUGGCGUUCAGGUGUCCGAGUUGUUCCGCUGAGCAACUAGCUGCAUGUCCCAAAGUUACGCGGUCAUGUGCAGAGAUAGUGAGGGAGCCGGGCUGCGGCUGCUGUCCGGUGUGUGCCCGGCAGGAGGGGGAGCUCUGCGGGGUCUACUCCCCGAGGUGUUCGAGCGGGUUAAGAUGCUACCCGAGCAGCGAGAUUGACUUUCCUUUGCAGCAGCUCAUCCAGGGUUUGGGACGGUGUGUGCAAAAAGUGGACCUGGAUGUUACAAAUGUUGAAAAAGCUACGAAUGGUGAGUAUAAGUAGUUGAGCUUAUUAACCAUCUGAGUUUAAAUGUUUAAUCUCUCAGCUGUGAACUCGUGUCUUCUGAAUUUCCCCAAACCCGCUUGUUUGUUGUUCUUUUUCCCGGCACAAACUUGAUCAUGUUGAUUGAGCUUCACUGCUAUCAGCAUUUCUCUUUCAGUAUCACCGUGUUGCAAGAAAAGAGAUAAUAAUAAUUAACCCGCUCGACUUCAGUAGCAUAGUUGGCAGCUCUCUCAGCUUCACUGAUACGAGGUAUUGGCUAAAGUGCCAAAUAUUUCCAACUGGAAUAAAGCCAGAAGAUUUGACAUUUUGGAGAUUUUUUGAUUAGGAAUACUGGAAGUGCUUAAAAAGUCAAUUUUUUCCCUUUUUUUGGACUCACCCAGACUGAGACUGAGGUUUAGACUUUUAUUGUUUGAUUAUUGGAUGUACAAACUGGUCACUAUUGCUCAAAAUGCCCUGAAAUAAACCUUUAAUGGUUGAUAGUGUAAGUCAGUAUGUUUUCAUGUCCAAAACGGUCCAUUUAUUGCAAAAAUCAGAUUGAAACUGGACUUUUAGAAUGCAUGUAAACACCUUAGUCAGACUAACAGGUGGGGUAGUAAGGGGUUUCUGAGGAAAUUCCAGUUUUUGGGAGAAAUCUUGAAUGUAAACUCUACAUUUUCCCCUCGGCUCCUCCUCUCCCCUCUGUCUUUGCUCCAACAAGCCCCGCCCACAAAUUCAGAUAUAAUUCAGAUAAAUAUUUAAGAUAAUUUUAAAUGGGGGCCCAGUCAACGUGAAAGUAAAAAGCAUUGGUGCGACUGUAGACACAAUGUUUGCAGGACUUCUACAACUAGGAUAAAGUGAUGUAGUCCAGGACCCGAGACCAACAGUUAAGUGGCGCUACAACAUGCAGCAGGUCCCGUUUGACAAGAAACACUUCUGUUACAUAAAGUUGGCUAACUUUGUUAAAGCGGUUUACCUGUCCAGCAGAAAGGUUACAGGGUCCGUAAGAUCCUAACGUGUCCCCCAUCAUUGUUGACCCGGCUUUUUAGCCUUUGGCUACCUCCUUUUUAAGCGCCCGUUAUUCCGCCAGAGUCUCCGGUGUUUACUUCAUUUUCUUGCUUGUGUCGGCAGUCGUGGCCAAAGGAGGAUUCAGACAAUUUUCUGGUUGGUUUCUACUGUCCGAUAUUGUAGCACGCUAACUUUGUUUGAGCUCGUGAAUGACACAGAGGAGCAGUGUCCGCCUCGCAACCAAUCAGGUUGGGGAGGUGGAGAGGCUUUGUUUACAGUCAGAAAGAGCGGGCCGCUUAAAAAAUUUAAAAUGUUGACUACACAGACAUAACAAAACACAGAGAUAUCAUUAUAUUACCAGUUGUCAUCAAUAACUAAUAGCUAUUGACCGAUAUUAAAAGCUUUUUGUAUAUACACCACAAAAAAAUGCUCUUUUAACGGAUUCCUGCCUACCCCACCUUUAACAGUAGAAAAACAAGUCAAGUCAUGAGUCGAGUAAUUCUGAUUGAUUUUCUGCAAGUGUGCCAGCAUCGCCGGACGAGAUAUUUAUUAAUAAAUCAGAGUCAAGAGUUCAUGCAGAAGCUGUUCCCGCCGUCAAAACACCCUUUUUAUUUAAUGUAGGAUUCGUUUUAUGUCAUCAAAACCACAUCAACCUCAAAAGUCUUCAGUCAAAAUAACUCUCCAGAAGACAAAACCCAGAAAUCCUGCAGGGACAUACAAACGUCAGCUUCUUCUCUCCCACAUUAUGCUUAUUAGGGACAAACGGUCACUAUUGAUUCCUGUAAAUGAAUGUUGACAUAUGCAAUGUGUUUGGCAGGCAGUGGCAGUCCCACAUCUGUGAGUGCAAACAAGCAGAAUCCCCCCGAUGAACCCUUAGCAUGUCUGUAACCUGCGUCUCCUCAAAGCUUUCCGGUUGGGAGUGUCUUAUUUUGAAGGGUUUGUUUUUUAUGGUGCAUUUGGGAAAAUGAUUAAUCAAAGACAUGAACGAUGCAGAUCACAGAAGCCCAUUGGGAGAACAUCAGGAAACAGGUUGAAACCUACUUUAUAUCGAAGAGAUUUCUAUGUGAGACGUUUCUGACUGAAUUAUCCGGUAAUUUAAAGCAACAAGGACAUUCAUUUCAUUUUGACACCCUUGGAGGUUUUGGCGAAAACAAACUCAGUUUCAGUUCCUGUACUGUAGCCCAGGAUGAUGGACUCAAAUGCACUCAGUGAUAUUUUACUGUCUUUGCUGUUCAGAGCGUAUAAAGCUGAAAAUGAGCAUCAGAUCAGGCUGCGGUUUGCCCGGAGUUCACCGUGUUAUGCUUGGCUUUUCAAGCAUGAGGGACUGCUGGCUAUCAGAUGUCAACAUCUGUCUCUCCUGUGCCCAUUAAAAUGCACAUUUUGGGGUCAUUUCCUGCUGCUGCAUGAGAUUAUAUUUUAACUCUAACAUGGCCACACUGCAGUGCACAUGAAGGAGGGUAGUUCAUUUUUUAUUUGGUGUGACGCUGAGUUCAUAUUCCCCAAAUUUGCAAACUCCUUUUAAACCUAUGAAGGCCUUCAAUGUAUUCUGCAAGGUUUAAUGUAUAAUCAACAGGUGCAUGCAAACUCAAUUUCUGUCUGAUUCACAUGAAAUAGGGUGACCAUAUUCUGGAUCCCCAAAAAGAGGACACGACUACGCAGGGGCGGACUUACGAAGUCGUACGUAGUAAAUUUGGAGAGUUUUUCGGGACGGGUCGAGUGUUUUUUACGCGCUUCUAACCCAGUAAGUUUAGGUGACACAAACUCAAAUCUUCCAUACAAAACCCCGGACAUUAGAAGGAUUAUAUAAACUCCCUCGGACAAGGCCGGACAGCCCCCCCAAAAAGAGGACAUGGUCACCCUUCAUGAAAGAAUCAUUAUGAGAUAUUGUCAAUGGAAUUUCUGCAGGAAUAUUUGAGUGAACCUUUUUCAGCUCCUUCUACAUAAAUGAGGCAAAAAUCACAACUUUUAUCCUGCAGGUGUUUUCACUGCCGCUCAUAACUCAAUUCAGGAUAACGCAUGUUAAACAGGUAACUAUACAAAUUUGAGUCCUGACGGAUGGGAGCCAAUAGCAUUUCAACAUGUGCUGUUACCAUGCAGUGAAGGCCUGUUGAGCAAUGUGUACUCUGAGUUCAGCAAGUGUUCUUUCUUUUUUUUACCAUCCAAGUGCUCACCUUUUUCUAAGAAUUCUCUUGUUUAUAAUACCGAUUAAAAUUUGACAUGAUCAAAUUGGCCCAGAAAAAAAAAAAAGACCUCAUGCUCUCCGUUCGCCUCAGUCUGCGUCUGUCUCUCUCUCCGUCUUUUCUUGUGCUGUCAAUGGACCGAGACUGGCCUUAUUGUUGCCCUGCAGGUGAUCCUCUGCUGAGACAUGCUCCUGCUCCUUCACCGGCACUCGCAGGUCUUUAAUUACUCGAUGUAGAUGGAAAGGUGAAGCAGUGAGGGAUCACUUUGGGUGGGAGCUGCGUGUUGGUGCCUGUUGUUCUGAGAAAGCUCCACCUGAGGUGUUAAUAUGAAACCCUCCUUCAAUUCUGCUAAUCUUAAAACAGAUGAACAGUAAUGUCUUACAUUUGAUGCUUCUGACAGCAGCAGGAUGGUGCUUUUUACACCAACAGUUCUGUGCUCAGUUUGUAAAAUCAGUUAUACUUGAAUCAAAAAUCCUCAUCAGAACAGGUGAUGUUCAAAAACCCCAAACUUAAACUUGAAGUUCUCAGUCAAAUCACAGCAGCUAAAAAAUAAGGAACCUUUUGUUUUUUCAAAAUCAUCCUAAUUAUUUCUAAAAUUAGUUUUUUCCUACAUCCAUCUAUCUAUCCAUCCAUCUAUCCAACUGUACAUCUAUUCAUUAAUGAUCCAACUAUCUAUCUAUCUAUCUAUGUACUUCUAUUCAUAAAUGAUCUAUCUAUCUAUCUAUCUAUCUAUCUAUCUAUCUAUCUAUCUGUCUAUCUAUCUAUUCAUUGUACAUCUAUUCAGAAAUUAUCUAUAUUGAUCUAUCUAUCUAUUCAUUGUACAUCUAUUCAGAAAUUAUCUAUCUAUCUAUCUGUCUAUCUAUUUAUUGUACAUCUAUUCAGAAAUUAUCUAUAUUGAUCUGUCUAUCUUUCUAUUCAUUCUACAUCUAUUCAUUAAUGAUCUAUCUAUCUAUCUGUCUAUCUAUUUAUUGUACAUCUAUUCAGAAAUGAUCUAUAUUGAUCUAUCUAUCUAUCUAUCUAUCUAGCUAUUCAUUGUACAUCUAUUCAUUAAUGAUCUAUCUAUCUCUGUCUCUCUCUUGCGCUAUUGAUCAUUCGAUCUAUCUAUAUAUCCAUUGUAUAUCUAUUCAGAAAUGAUCUAUCUAUUGAUCUGUCAAUCUAUCCAACUGUACAUCUAUUCAUUAAUGAUCUAUCUAGCUCUCUCUCUCUCACUAUUGAUUGAUCGAUCUAUCUAUAUAUCUAUUGUCUAUCUAUUCAGCAAUGAUCUAUCUAUCUGUCUAUUUAUACAACUGUACAUCUAUUCAUUAACUAUCUAUCUAUCUAUCUAUCUAUCUAUCUAUCUAUCUAUCUAUCUAAGCAUCAUCAUCAUUGUGUUAUCUGACGGACUGUAUCUUGAGUCUCAGGUGGGCAGUAGUCAGAUUUGGGGCCCCCCUAAAGUUCUUCCUUAAUGCUGAUCUCAGACCGCUGGAAAAUUCACAGCUAUUGGCAGGAGUCUCAGACAUGGACCCUAAAGCAUUAGAAGAACUUGGAUUGAUGGACCAAGAUAGGAGUCUGAGGUGUUGACUUGGUCCCUUGAUUCCAAGGAUCUUAGUCAAAUUAAGCAUUUGUCGCCCUGAACCAUGGAGACCUUACCUUUCAACCUCGAGGACUAAAACGAUAUGUUGUUUUUCUCCACCAGACCCAUCUUAAGAUGCAAAAUACUCAAGAGGAGAAAAAACAUGGCCCUCAGUAUUUAUAAGUUGAGUUUGAGUUGUCGUCAUUUAGCACAGAAAAUAUUAUUCUACAAACAAAAUAAAAAUGGACAUCGGUUUUCGUGCCGUUUCAGCCACUUCAAAUGGAGUAUCAGUCCACACUUUGGACAUCAUGGUUAGUAUCAGGAGACAAAAUUGGUCUUAACCUUGGAGUGCACCAUUGUCUUUCAAGUCUGAGAAACAGCCAGAGCAGCGAUUGGAAACAGUUUUCCCUUUAAACUACAAAGGCAGCGUCAUUCGGUUAGGAUGACACACUCGGCCACAUGAAGCAGAGCAGCACCGAGAGUUGAAAGAGCGAACUAACGGUAAAAGGUUUGAAGGGGACCUCUGGCUAUGCAAAACCUUCUUCAUUAUUCAAUUCCUUUUUGUCUGUUUGCCAGCUGUAAAGUGUUUGAAGUGGCCCAGCCUUGAGAGGAGGCGUUUACACUGACAAUGGUUUGAAGUACUGUAAGGCCACUCUGGUGUGUAGAAGCACACACGGCCUCGCUGCGUAAGAUAACACGGCAAAUAUAUUAAUGCUAAGACGCUCUGGAAAGACAUUACUCAUUCGAGGCCAUGAGAGAAUUGUGAAAGCAUUGCUCAAAGGCAAUACUCAAAGCCAACACUCCCAACAGCUCGAGACAGGUAGUUUCUAUGGUACUGAAGACAGAAUCAACAACACAGUCUUCAGAUGACAGCUGUUGGCCAAAGACGUGUUGUUUUUUCUCGCUGGAACAUACCGUCAUGAGCUCCUAUAAGUGUCUAUAGAAACAUUUUUCUAACACAACUGUAGUAAUGAGUUUUAAGUGAAAUAAAGGCAUCUUUAUGCCUGCACAACAUGCCUGUAGUUGCAGCUCCGGCUCUAAAGAGAGUGGUGAUGUUGAACAUGUGAAGGCAGCAGGGAAUAGACACAUCCAUGCACAUCUGCAAUCACAGUGUUCUCAAUUAUGUCCAUGAUUUAUCUUUAAUCAAGCUCGCCUCAGGUUCUAUUAGCUGGAGUAAAAAUAUCAAAAUUUAAUUAGAGGGUUGUGAGUAAUCUAAUGUUGCAUUCCAGUUACUUUGGAAGUCGGCUGUCGGAACUGGGAAUGAAGUUGCACUCGAGUUGACGAUGUUUCAGUAACCAAGUCAGAAAACCAAGAUGGACACCUACUGAUAGCCGUUGUCAGCUGUUGUUAGUUGUUGUUAGUUGUUGUUGUUAGCUAUACCAGUUGUAAACAACGCAUAACAGUAUCUUACACCAUAACACCGUGUUCACAGUUAGACGUUGGGCAGUACAACAUAUACUGUACCACUUAUUUAAUUUCACAAAAACAAAACAGAAGUGCCAAUAAAUAAAACAUUAUGAGAGCUUUCAUUGUUACCGUUUUUGUUGAUGCAAUGCGCUGCCAUCUUGGAUUAUGACGUUGUCGUCUACUCGGGGUUGGUGAGGAUCGUCCAACUUUCUGAAUCCGAAAUCCGACUUCAAGGGGGUGUUCCAGAUGAAUUUUGAAACUUGAUGAAACUUGAUACAGCCUAUGGGCGUACAAAGAUUGCGUAGCUCACCUGGGGGAUACUCUGUUUGAGCCGAGCAUCAUUACAACUCUCCCGCCGGAGAGCAAUUCGGCUUCAAAUUCGUAUCAUGAAGGAAGGCGGAACCAAGUUGUCCAUAGUAUAUACGGUCUAUGGGCACAUAUUACACACCAUCCGAGAGUUUCCUUUUUACUAGGGUAUAAUUGUCUUGUACUGGUGCAAAUACAGUUAUCAUUAUGUAAUCUCUAUACUGAUUAUGCAGUUACAAUUGCAACUCUUGCAACAACCAUACCAGGGCCAUCAAUGUGCACUGUGGCUGAAUACUCAGACAAGAGCAUGACGUCUCAAAAAGACCAGAUACCAAAGGGAGUCAAACGAACCUAAGUUGCAUUUGAAAAGACCUUCUUUUUUAUCUGGCAACUUGCAGUUUUUUGAGCUGAGUAGCAUCAAAGAAAGUUGACCCAGGCGUCCCCUGAUCUGAUGACUUGGCAAGGGUCGACUGUGACAGCUAGACAACUGAGAGCAUCUCCAGAGCUGAAGCACUUGUAGGGUGUUGAGUCUAAGAGAGGCCAGGACUCAGUGAUGUGCUGUUUUGUGUGGCCUGAUCCAAGAGAAGAGUUUCAGGAGUCAAACUAUGCUUUCAUUUUGAAGUAUACUAGUAAACUCAGUCAUUAUUAACACCUUUAAAUUGCAACAGGGUCAAAAAUAACUCCUUUAUGUUGAAAAUGGUCUUGGUUACAUAAAUACUCACACACAUUGACUUAGUUUUUACACCUGGCAGACACACGCACACUUAAGGUGGUGUGAAAGCGUGUGACGGGAGCUCGGAGGAUUCACAGGGGGGCCUUUCCCUCUCAGGUGUGAUUUACAACCUCAGAGUAUGGCUCCUGUUUUCACAGUGCUAAUUACAGACAAACACACUCGCGCGGACACACACACUCGCAGAGCCUUGGGCAGGUCGGUUUGGUAUCCAAGAAGAAAAAAAAAAACUUACUCAGCGUAAAAAAGCCUCAUCAGAAGUGCGUCCUCACGAGUCUGGACUCGGCAGCGGUGUCUAGCGUGCCGGUUUUUAACUCAGCCUCUGCUUUUGUCUGAGAAUGGAUAUGUUGUUUUCAUCCACGCAGAAUUAAUGAAGUUGUGUUUUACAAUCGCAGCCAGAGAGGCUUUAUUCCUCGGACAAACUUUCAGCUUUCUUUGGCCGUCAUUUCUGCGAGUCUGUUCUGAGUUAACAUGUUAGCUUGUUUGUAUUUUGUCUCUCCUGCUUUGCACAAAUGAUGACCAUACUUUGGCAUAACAAGCAGCAGGAAGCACACUCGGAGUGACCCCGCUGCUCAGAGGAGACCUGAGUAAACCGAGCGACGAGUGGGCUGGAUGUAGCACUUAGCCAUUUCACAGAGGAAGAUCUCAGCGGCUCUCUUCACACUGUCGCCAUAGUAAUUACAGCCAUCGCAACGCCUGACUGUCCAGCAUAGAAUUAGUGACACGAGGUAGGAGGGACACAGGAUGCCCUGAGGACGCAGCAUGACUUUGUCUUCUAAUUCUGGGAUUAAGCUGACUUGUAAAAGGGCCUGUUAUUAGAAAAAAUGUCGCAUUUUAAUAGCGGCUUUGUGAUUAAAGAAUAGAUGAACGCAGAUGUACAUGUGCGCGAUUACAUUAGAAAGCAGCAGAGAUGUCGAGACGGUCCAGUGUGUGCAUGGGUGUGUGUAACAUCUGUCCAUUAACCACAUACCUAAAAGACAGGACGCAGAUUACUUUCAAGCUCAAAGACCUGACUCAGUAGAAGCACUUCAGAGAACCUCCACCAGUAUUGAAUGUUACACUCGUGAUUAAAACCAGAGAGUAAACCAAAAGGUUGCAUGAACUUUGAGUAGGUUUCUUUGAUCGCAGAGUCUGUUUUCAAGUGAGAGAAGAGGCCAGAUUUGAAGGCACAGAUGCUUCAGAUUAACAAUGUUUCUAACUGGCUUUGUGUGCUGUGUGUGUUUUUAUAUUUAGAGGUGCUCGGGACCGAGACUCCGUUAACCAAAAGACCAGCCAUAGAGGCUUUGAACCGGCAGGAGUUGGCCAGGAUACAAUACAUGAACCAGCUCAAAACCAAGAUGAAGACGCAGGUGGACCCAAGAGUCCCACAAGUGCCUCAGGUUAGAAAAUUCAAGAGUUAUUAAAAACUAUUUUGGUGUUCUCUGUAUUUUCUGCUGGUGUUAUGUCAGCCUGUCUAAAGCAGGCGGUGACAAAGGUCAACCAUGUGCUGUGUCAGGAACAGUUCCUGAUGCAGUGGUGCCCUCCUCUGGACUCACACUCGGUGAGAGAAACACACACGUAUAGACACACAUAUCAACAUAUGGACAUGUUUAUUUAGUAACUGGCUGCACAUGGGCGUCCACAGUUACAUAAAUCAUAACUGCUGCAUAUCUAAUCCCAACUAUGACCCUUUUUUAUCCCACACAUCUGUUUUCUCACUGACUACUGUAUCCGCACACCCAACAGGUUUACUUUUCAUGCAUGUUUCAUGCACAGCUCUGCUCUGUUAUUACAGGAUGAUGUAUGAAAUGCUCAUAAUAACAGAUUUAGUUAGUCGUCAAGGAAUGUAAACCUGAUUUUUAAUAAAAAUAGAGCAAAAGGAAAGGGUUCAAUGUUGGAAUUGAAAAUACAUAUAUUAGGGGUGGAAAAAAAACUGAUUCACAUAAGCAUCACAAUUUGGGGGGAAAAUAUGGUUCCUGGAAUAGUCUGUAGACAAUCAUAAUCAUUCAGCUGUUUCACUGGUGUUUAAAAUGCAGACUAAAGUUCAAGAAAAUCGACUAUAUUGUUGAAUCACGAUUUAAAUAGAAUUGGCAUUCAACAAAUCAUAGAAGAAUCGAAUCAAGAGAAAAGCAUAUCAACCCAGCCCUAACAUAUAUAUGGUUUUAUGUUAAAUAAAAGCUCAGUUUAAGUUUGAUAUGACAAACAUCCCCACCUGUGCUGUUAAGCAUUGAUUGUGUCUGCACACGUGUGGAAGCUGUCCAUGAUAAAGAGGAGGAGAGGGAAUCUAAAAAGAGUCUGAAAUGUUGAUUAAUCGAACCACAGCAGUGAGAUGUGUUCGCAGAAAACUGUUUUUAGAAAUAAUUUUGAGUCAAUGCAGGGAACUCCACUACAGAGUCAUGUCUGUUUUUACUGCAGAGUCAUGAUUCUCUGAAUCCUUUAGUGAUAUUUUGCGUGUAAGAUGAUAAAAUACAUAAAUUCUUUGCUGUUUGAUCUUAAAAUGUUGAGCUAUUUGCUCUUGCGGUCUUUUACAAUUUCUCAGUGAACCUUUGUGAAAUACCUGUUUCACAUCCAAUCAUGUUACUGACUCUUUUGCAAAUCAACCUAAAUCACAUAUUUUUAGUUGCUACUUUCAGUUCAAUAAGGUUUAAAUAGCCAUGUUUGCAUGGGCACAAAUUAUCGGAAUAAAUGCUCAAUUGGAAUAAAAAUGCGUCAUGUUAACAUGUCGAUUGCAAGAUUCUGAUCCAAUUUGGCUCAAUCGUAAAGAAAUUGUAUUCCGACCGAGAGGGGUGGUCGAUUGUAAUUCUGAAACACAUCUAUUCUGAUUGUGACUCUCUUACCUGACUCAAUCUUCACUCUUUAGCCUUUGGUUUAUUUAUCGAGGUCAGUUCAGGAGGUUUCAUUAUUAACACUCUGGCACAAAACACAACCGCAGAUGCCGUGUCUGCUCCUCCGAUAAUAUAACAAGGCGUACAUACAACGUAAUGAUGUCAUCUGCACGCACAGUGCAACCUUUGACAGGACAGUAAUAUAAGAAUGCAAGGGCGCCAUCUAGUGACAACAUUUAACAAGGGGGAAAACUCCUGAAUUUAAUGGAGUGAGCCACGACUGUUUGUUGGUUUGUUGACAGCACAGGCGGAAAUGCAACUCUUCUUCUUCUGUGGUUGUUUUAGCGAAAUUAGACAACUCUGCGUAUGUCCAAAUGCUUCUAAUCUGAAUAAGACUCGGUGUAUGUAUACACACAUCAUGAUCAGAUUAUUUGAUUUUGCACACUCAUAAACAGUGGAUUCAGAUUAUCGGAUCCCUCAAAUUUUUAAUCGGAUCAAGAAAUUUUGCACAUGUCAACAUGGCUAAUCAUUUGCAAACAGUCAACAUCAGCCUCCUUGGAUCUCUGUGAUUUUUUCAUUAAUAUAUCCAGUUAUGAAUAAAGUUGUCCAAGCAGCAUGAGCUCCAUUCACACAAAGCCGUCUUACAUGCAUUAAUUGCUCACAAAGAGCAUCUCGAUGGCGCGGACUGAUAUUGUUUUGCUAUUCACAGUGGAAUGCAUGUUGGCAGUUUCAUGUAGUCUAUAGAUUGAAACCCCCCUGCUCCCCAUUCUCCAACAUUCACUCAACAUUUCACAGUUUCAAACACCGCUCUGCUAAGUAAUAACAGUUCCUAGUAAAGCCUCGACGGUAUGACGUCCAAAACACAGAUAUUUUCUUUCUGUUUCAUGCAAAUGAGCUUGGGUCCUGGGGGCUGCGCAUGAGGAGGCCCACGUAUGUCUCAACCUGGCAGACAAUUACAUGUGUAUUUGCUCAUUUUCUCCCUCACUUAACUCGCUCGCUCGCAGCAAAACAAAACAAAAUAAAACAACAAAUCACAAGCGGGGACGGUCAAAACAAUAGCCAGGAUCAUUAGAAGUAACAAAAGAAGGAAUUUACUAAAAGGAGUCAUGCAGCUGGGCGGGGGGAGAAGUUCAGACAGCUGGUGUUAAGCAUGGAUGCACUUCAUUGUGGGUGGCCGUGUGAGGUCAAAUGCUGUACACAAAGUGCAUGCUGGGCUAUCAGAGCUGUGCUAAUGUGGGUUUUGUCACCUGCUGUAUUUUCUUUUUAACGUUCUAUGAAGUUAACGAGUUAAAGUCUGAAAAACGGAGGUAUCAUCUGCCAGCUGUGUUGGAGUUUCAUCCCCAUCUUCUUUACUAGCCGUCUUAUGAUGCACUCAGACCAGAUGCAUUUUAUUUACGACUAUCAGGUACUGAGUUUACAGGUGAGUAGGACCCCUACAGGAUGCCGAGGGGUCUUGUGUCAUCCUGUAAGGACUGAUGGUCCUACAGAGAGAGAGAGAAAGACUAAUGCAGAAGUAUUUUAACAGAUGUGUCUUCUCCACCAGCUCUCCUUUUUUCAGCUUUUUAUUUUUGACGUAACUUUCAAACCCACAGAAGUUUCAACUUUCAUUGUUGUCGCUAUUAUCACUACAGUAUGUUUAUAUGGUCAUGUACUGAAUGCUUUCUGCAGAACAACUGACAGAAGAGACGACAGCAUCCUGCAUGAGUCACGAUACUAAUGCAGACUAUCUAUAUGAAGAUUCAGUGCAAUUUCAAUUUGAUUCAAAAGGCUUUAUUAAAACAUGUGAACAAAAAUAUGGCAAUAAAAAAACGCAAAAAAAGUACCAAAAUGUAGAUAUUUGGAGAAACAGUCGAUACACAGCUGUGCAGAAUUACAGCAUUGUUGUGUUCGCUAAUAAAUAAAGUUUAAAAUUAAAGAUAAAAGUGAUUUUGCUCUUAGAAAUAUAGAUAUAUGUACUAGAUGUAAGAGGAAACUCAGUUUAUAAUACACAUAGGAGUAUAAAUAAAUGUUUGACUACAAUUAAAGUUACAACACUUCAUAUUUUUGUCUAGAUUAUGUUUUAAAUCUAUGCGCAGUAUGUAUAUAAAGUGAUGUUAGUGCAGGUGACCAGAUCUGUCUACAUGUCUACCUCUUUAUAUCUGUUUUUCUCCACCACAUUAUCGAACAUCCUUUAGGUAGUCAAAAAAAACAAAAAACGUAAAAAAAUAAAUAAAUAAAAUAAAAAGGCAGAAUUUUUGACAGUUUUGUAAAUUAUAUUUAAUUAAAAAUAAAACCAAUUCCAGAGGGCCUUAGAGUGUGCUUAAUAUGCAACCCUGGGCCAAGUGAUCAGGAACUUAAUCUGCUCUGAACACACAAAAUAUCCACAAAUGUACUCGGUUUAAAAUGCAAACAACCACCAAGUUAUAUCAUGAUUUAAACAAACUAUUUGUUGUAUUUUUCAACUUAACGUGAAACUCUUUUUGCAUAUUUGUGAUGAAGAACAGUGGAGGAUUGUGUUCCCUGAUUCUCACAUUGUAAAGUGAUCUGAAGCCAUGAAACAAACGGUGGCGUGGACCUGACCUUACAACAGCAGUAAAACUUCAGAAUUGUACUUCUGUAGGUGUAGGUUAGUGUGUUCAUUCAUGAUGAAAGAGUGUAAGAUUGAGUGUGACGGAGAGAAAAAGAAAGAAAGAGAGGAAAAAGAGAAAGGGCACUUUCAUCCAUAUGUUCAGAUGUCUGAUAAGGUUCAUGGCAGAGCGCACCUCCCUCUGCCCUUUUCUCUCAUCCUCAUCCAACUAAUCAUAAGACUGGACCUCUUUGAUCCCACUGGCAGCCUGAUACACUCUGUGUGUGUGUGUGCGGAUGUGUGUGUGUGUGGGUGUGUGUAACAGGAAAGUUUGUGUUUGUCUUUGUGUGUAAAUGCACCUGGAUAUAAGUGUGUACAUUCAAGGGGAACAAUGCGCAUGUAUUCACGUAACUGUAACAUGUGUCUGCACAGGUCUGAGUGUGUGUGUGCGUGCAUGUGUGCGUGUGUGUGUGUGUGUGUGUGUGUGUGAACGGCCACCUGCUGAGUUAAGCAGUCUAGCCCCUCAUGUUCCACUCCGGCAGACUCACAUCAAUAACACCGGCUGAACUUUCUGCUCGCUAACCACACCUCAUAAAGAAGUUCGUUAUAAAUGCGUAUUUGUGACAUUUUUAUAAGUUACUCCAACGUAUUUUAUUUCACUCUUCUUAUUCUUGGACUGAGAGCAGAUCUGCCAUCAGACAGGAGUCACACUUACUGUACUUCUCUGCUCCUGUUUUGGAAAUUUACUGCUCAGAAAGUAACACCAGUAUUAUUAGUUCUAUCGUUAUUAAAGUCUAAAGGUUUGAUUCUCGUCCUCUGUUCUCAGAGCGCCUGUCAGCUGGAGCUGGAUAAGGUCUUGGAGGAGAUCUCCAAAAUGACCUCGGAGGAUAACAGAGGCCCGCUGGAGAACCUGUACGUGCUCAAGUUUCCAAACUGUGACAAAUAUGGACUGUACAACCUCAAACAGGUGAGCCAAGAAGACUACACCAGUAUGGGAACACGCCCCCAUCUUCUACUCGACCUUUGACAUCCUGUACCAGUUCUGGUGGUGCUAUGUUACAUAAAAGUUCUGCUUUCUAUAAUGCAUUGUGUAAAAAAAGUGCAAAGGUUGACUUAAUGUGCUGCUCCUUCAAAUAUUUGCUCUCCAGCGUGCUUAUUUUGUAACAGGAGAAGAAAAACUGUUUUUCUUGGGUCGUGUUCGGGGGAUUUUUUCAAAGAUUUAAGAUCACAGUUGCAGGAAAAGGGCAGAGAUUUGAGGAAAAUGUCAAUACAAUAACACAAAUGUCAUGAUCUAUAAACAUUGUGUCAGCCCUGGCUCCGAGAGAGACGACUCUGACUGAAACUGGCUCUUGAUACUGCGUGUUUUGUUCCCCCUGGAAAAGUCCUCCGUUCUCAGUCAUCCAGAUUAGCUGAUUGGUUUGUCAUUUUCAUGUCAGAGUGAACCGGUCUUUUCUUAGCUGAAAUACACAGCGGGAAACUAUCACCCCACAUGGGUGGAAACUCAGCAGAAUGUCACAGCGCUGGUCACACCCUCAUCAGUGAAAUCACAGCAGGUGUUUUCCAUCUGCUGUCAGAGGAAAAACACCUGCUGUGACGUUACUCACUUCGGUUUUAGAGCAGGCUUCGACACAUUUUCUUUUUCCUAUUGUGUUUUAUAAAGAUGGGGUUUCAAUCUAUUUGUUUUGUACUUAAAUGUCUUAGUUAAAAACAAACUCUGGGCUGUAUUUGGACUGUCUAAAGAGCUUGUUUUACGACAAUCUGAGCACUAACUUAAAGUCUUGUUUUUUUUACAAGUUCAUAUCUCAUUUUUCUGAUGCUACAGGUCAUAGCUGAGUAUUUCUGGAUUCAAAUUGCUUUGAAUCUCUGGCAGACCCAAAUGGCAGGUUCAGAUACAGUGAGAUUUCCUACGUCACAAAUCCAAGCUCCGCCCCCCAGAGGCCACACUCGGAGAAGUAGCGAUGACGAUUGCCGAACAAACGUGUGCGUUAGUAAGAAAGCUGAUUAUUAUAUUACCUUUCAUCAUGUCCCCAAAGACAUUAGUGCCUGAGAGCUGAAUAACUCCUAUGUUACCUGCUACUUCUACUACACUAAGGUGACCAGACGUCCCCGGUUUAAGGGUUUCGUGAAUAAGAACAAAAAUGUUGAGUGUAGACAAGAACAACGGCAGCUGGCUAGGUAGGAAGCACAAACGGCUCUGCUACCGAACUGCGGUAAUUUCCAACAUCCGCCAAUUUCUACAGGAUGGGUUUAUGAGGCGAAUUUCAUGGUGGAAUUUGGACAGUGAGUCCAGUAAGUUGGAAUUGCAAGAAUUCACAAGAACCCGCGGAUUGACAUGCAACCGCGUGGUAAAGAGUUGUCUCUAUCAAGACAGCCACAUAACCAUAUAAGCAGUAUAUGCGCUGCUACAAAGUAGUACCUCAGUAGGAUUUUAUUACAGAAAUGUGGUCACCUUAUACUACACUGUCAAUGUUAAGCUGCAAGCUAGUGUGAAGAGCAGCGUUGUCUACGCCCACGACUCAGAGGCGAAUUGCUAAUGAGUUACUGGAGCUCUGCAGAAGAAAAGCUCUUGAAAUUGACACAGGUAACGUGAUUUUGGCUAAAAACUUCAUAAUCACAAUUUAAAGACAAGUAGUUUGAAAAAAACAAAACAAUCAGAGUGGGACUUUAAGGCACAACAUGAACCAAGCCAAUUAGCUUGUCGCCUGCAGGCUAGCUAGCAUGCUACUUUUUACACGACCUGGUGGAGAAGUGAGGAUGUCAGGAGCUAGGGUGACCAUAUGUCCUCUUUUACCCAGACAUGUCCCCUUUUUGUCAGAUUCGAGUUCAUGUCACAUGGACUUACUGAGCUACAAGUGCGUAAAAGACACUCGAGUCAACCCGAAAAACUCUCAAAAUUAACUAUGCACGACUCUGUGACUCGACCCUUGCGUAGUCGUGUCCUCUGCAAAAAGUGACUUGUUUCUAUUAGGUACAAGUCUCUCUCCCUAGUCUGUCUGCACUCGCCAUGAUGGCUUGCAGGGUUUGCGAAUUCACCCUCAUUUUGCUGGACUCCCAACCCCAGGAGGAGGUGAGUGCUGCAAAAGACAAAAAAGUGACAGUGUUCAUUUUAGAAAUCCUUCGUUAAACAGGGAAGACUAUUAUUAUUCUGUGACUCAUCCAUCACCUCCAACCCCCGUCCUCUUGCUUUAAACCUCUUCACCAGAAACAACCCCGAACACCUCGAGUGUCAUAUUUGUGAAGAGCGGGGCGCUGACGUCGUCGUCGUCGCCGCCGCCGCCGCCGCUGCCGUGUUUGAUGAGUUGGGAGUGAGAACAGGCUGAAUUUGUCUUUCACACACACUCAUGCACACUGUAUCAUUUGGUUCAGCUCCCCUUGGAUUUCCCCUCUCUUCUUUUUCACACAAACACACACCCACACAAACCUCUGUUGUAUCAGGCUGGCAAAAUCACCCUGUAAAAAAAAAAAUAUAACCUCCCCCCCUCCUCACUCCCACCUGCCACCCCUUUUAACAAAACUCCCCCUCCCCCGUCUCUCUCUCUUUUUUUUUUUAUAAACUCGCACACAUCCUCCUUUUUCUUCACACACACACACACACACACACAAAUGUGUGGGGAGAUGUUGUCAUCAUGAAUGAGGCAACAGCUUCUGAGCUCAAGGUUACAAGGCAAUAAAACUGUUUGGCGUACUUCAUGGGAAGACUUUUGUUCAGCCGAGGAACGAACCGUGGUUCCGAUUUGAAUUCUGCUCAUCCAUAGAAAUCAGACAGAGGAGGACAAACAAGGUCACAUUUCCAGCGUUUUCUUACGAGGAUAGUAGAGCAGAAAAGAAGAUUUGAAUAGGCGCCACCAUUUCCUAAAGCAGGGCUCUCAACCACUCAGCCAAUUUUCAUCACUGGUCACAAACAACAGCAUUGUUGUUUCGGACUGGAGUCCUCAGUUCCCAGGGAGGAACACUGUACCUCCUCAACACUCGGCUCCUUUUUGGAGUUGUCCCUCCUUGUCGCGGGGUAAUUACUGUAACUGUCACUUUUUUUGUUCUUUCUCAUCGAAGGAAGAAAAUGGAAAGUCUUUUCUUUCCCCCCAGCUCUUCAUUCUUUUCGCCGUCCCCUCCGCUGCCGCCCCGCGUGCGCGGCGUAAACUGUGUCCACUUCAAUUACGACCUCAUUUCUGAGUAGAGGGGGCUCUGCGGGGGGGCCGGUCUGCUGGCAUGCCUCUGUUUGUGUGUGUGUGUGUGUGUGUGUGUGUCUGUGAUGGCAUGUGUGGUUGUUGGUUGAGAGUUGGGGGCAUGACCUGAGGAUGGGCUGUUAUUGGGCGAGGGUUGCCCCACCCAAAGCAUGGCCCACGCUCUCGUCCAAUGGCCCCCCGCCACAGGGAGAUCCACAAGUACAAACACACACACACACACACACACACACACACAUCUCGAGCGUGGGCCAUGCUUCAUUAAUGCACCCCUCCUCCCCAUUUCCCACUGUGCAUCUUCACCCCUCCCUCUUUUUUCCUGUGUUUUCCAACUUAGAGUUUGUGUUUUUCUUCCCUCUCCCCAGUGCAACAUGUCCACCCAUGGCCAGCGGGGCGAGUGCUGGUGUGUUGACCCCUUGACCGGGGUCCAGAUUCCAGCAACGCCCAAAGUCAGAGGGGACCCCAACUGUAACCAGUUUCACGAGGAGCAAAGACUGAUGCCCACCGCAGCAGCAGUGACGGCGGCGUCGGCGGCGUCACAGUAACACAGUCCAGCACAUGUGAGGGGGUUGGGCUUUGAGAGGAGUUUUCUCUUCGUAUGUUGGAGUAGUCUGCGUUUUUUAAGGAAUUGUCUCAUUUAUAUUCACAAGAUUUCUAGGAUUGAAAUAUAGUUUAAUCUUUAGUAUCUACAAAGAAGAAAAAGUUCACAUCCGUUUAUUUUCUUUCUAUCAAUAAAUUUCAUACAAGACCAAAAUCCAAAAACAGCAGGAAUGUCUCUGAAUGCUUUUCGUCUUUCCGUCUUUCAACCAUAUUUACUUUUCUCAAGGUGAGGUCCAAUGACAGAAAAAGAGCCGAACAACCAACAAACAUAAAAGUUAGCAUGGAAUAAUGUAAUUGUCUGGUCUAGUGAGGCUUUUUUGUCUGGACUUAAAGGGAUAUUUCAGUAUUUUUGGAGGGUGUGUCCACAAACGGAGGAGCCCAAAAAAAAAAAUGAUGUCAGAACCAGCGUUGUUUUCGUUGACCAAAAAUUUUUGUCAACGUCAUCGUCAACAAAAACAACACUGCAGAAUAAAUGUUUAGCGUUUGACUGACGAAAUGCUCAUGAAUUUCACAACUCUGUUCGUCGUCCACCAUUAACGUUUUCGUCUAGUCUCGUCUCGUCAAUGUAAACGCACAUUCGUCUCGUCACAUUUUAGUCAUCUAAGACUUAUCUUUAGCUCGUCGACGUCAUGGGAAAAAAACAACACUGGUCAGAACAAACACUUUCACAGAGAUAAGCGCUUGAGUUAGAGUCUCUUAAAGUUAUCUAAAGCCUCAUUCAUAUGUGCCCAGUUAUUUUUAAAAACGGAGACAUUAACCAUCAUUUGCACUCUUCAUUUAGAUGCAAACGAAGAAUUCACCCCUGAAAACGAUGCUUUUUAAAAAGUCCGGCCAGAGUGAAGAUUUUGGAAAACUCAGUUUGCAUGUAAAUGGAGAAAAACAGAGAUUCUAAGGAAGAGAUGUUGUUGUUGUUAUUGCUGCUGCUAUGCUGGAUUCUAAUUGGCUAACGUUGGCUUGAGCUUCUCGCUACACUGCCCCCUACAGGUUUGGCAUGCUCUUGACGGCCCUCUCGUUUUUUUUGUAAAUGGAGAGGGUAAAAUGUCUGUUUAUGAAAAUACCUGGGCACGUGUAAACAUAGUGUCAGAGUUACUGUUGUUAGGUUCAGUAGUUUUGCAUUGAUCAUGUGGAGAUGGUUUGGCUUCGAAAAGACCGAUAUACAGACUCAAUCUGCCAGUCAAUUGAGAACGAAGAUUAUGAAAAGGAUGUAAGUAAAUGGAGAGGGUGAAAUAACUUUUUAUGAAAAUAGCCGGGCACGUGUAAACAUGGUCUAAGUUGGCAAAAACAGUAGCCUGACUAGGGUCUUGUUUCUAUCAGCAGUUUAAAGGAAUGAGUUGUGGUUGCAAGUACACUUAGUAAUGACAUGUAGCUCUUACAACUUCUGAAAUAUUCCUUUAAAGGAGAAAAAUCUUCAGUACGAUAAAUCUUACUGGCAAAAAAAAACAGAAUUUAUAAAACAUUUACUGACUAAAGUUGACAAGCCAACUGAAAACAAUCGUAGCUUUAUUCACAACCGUUCAAUCACGAAGAUAACAAAGCAAACCUUCCUUUUCUGCAAACGUACAGUCAGCACAUCAGUCAAAAACUCAGAGACACUUUUAUCGAUGUCCCUGCCUCAUGUCCUCCCUCAUGGACAUGACGACUCGAUAGCGACACACUGGGACACGCCUUUUUAUGAUGACGUGUGUGUUCACAGAAUUUUUAGUCACUUCUUGGGAUUUGUUGACAAUAAAAACGACCUAAAGCAAAAGUGUAACAAGCUAAUUUUUCUUGGAUCUCAUAACAACAAAAAAAGUCAAAAACUUUCUCUGUUAUAUUAGCUGUUGUUUGAACUUAAUCCUGGAGAUUUCGCACAUUCGUCAGCUUUAAUGUGAGGCUGAUGUCUGGGCGGGGCUAAACGUUGAGGUGCUUCUUGAGAAUUUCACAGUCAGCGCCGCGGUGUAACCUUAUUUUAUAUGUAAAUACACGACAUGCAGGUGAUUAAGAUUUUAAUGAUUCCAUCUCGUGGAGGUUUCCAGUCGAUGUGUCAGCUUUGCUUCUUACAUUGUAAGCUGUAAAUUCAUUAAACUCCUCUUUGCUCUGACAUGCACUGAAACACA